AUCCUCUUUGUGGCCUUCCGACGACGACGACGUGUCUGUCUGUCUGGGGCUCUACCACAAGGGCUGCGGCGGUAGAAGCUCGAUGGAAAUCCUCUUUCCACGGGGGCGCCAUAUGAGGGGGAGGAAGACAGACGGGAGGAGGAGCCCUAUCGCACAACUCCUAGGCGGCCUCUCUGGACGUAAGCAAAAAGUUGACAUGAGCACAAUCCCCUUUUCACGUGUUGUGAAGGGAACCUCCGUACCAGCUGGGGAGCUUGUUUUUUGUUUUGUGUGUGUGUGUGUUGUUGUUUUUUUUCCAUGCGGGCGGGAAGAGGAUAGAAGAUAGAACUCUUUUGGAGCUUGUUUCCUGAACUAGCGAACGUUACGGACUCCUUUCGCCUCCUAAAAGAAAAGUAAUAGUAAAAAAAACAAAAAACCCAAAACAACAACUCAUCAUUGAAGUUGGAGACGGCAUGGUGCACAAAUACGACACUGAGCGAGCAGCAGGUCUGCUCAGACGCUACCAGGCCAGCUUGACGAGUCCAGACGAGCAGGCCCUCAAGACCAGUGUGGGCAAAGUGUCCGCUAUCCUGGGCAGCCAACUCUUCCAAGCGCUUCUUGAUAUUCAAGAGUGUUACGAGGUAACCUUGCAGCUGAAUGUGCAACAAAGUGCACUGAUGGAAGAGGAAGAUGGCGAGCAGGAAGCAUUGGAGAAAUCAGGAGAAGCAGAUGAGCAGAAUCAAGAGGACGAGGGUGAAGGCGUUUCCCGCAUCCGAGUGACGUGCCGAGGAAGUGAUCGCAAGGUGGAGCGAGUAUGUGCCCUGGUGACUCGUUCGCAUGUCGAAGUGCCAAAGGCCAACCCUCCCCCCAUCAUUGUCAACGCAGACUCACUUGAUGCAGGCUCUUAUGUGAACGGCAGCGAUGGCAUGUACAAGUAUGAGGAGAUCAUCUUGGAAAGGGGGAAUUCGGGCCUGGGCUUCAGCAUCGCUGGAGGCAUCGAUAAUCCGCACAUUCCCGACGAUCCGGGGAUCUUCAUCACCAAGAUUAUUCCGGGGGGAGCGGCAGCCAUGGACGGGAGACUCGGGGUUAACGACUGCGUGCUGCGCGUGAACGAGGUAGACGUGUCGGAGGUGGUCCACAGCCGGGCGGUGGAGGCCUUGAAGGAGGCGGGGCCGGUGGUGCGUCUGCUGGUGAGGCGAAGGCAGGCCCCACCCGAGACCAUCCUCGAGGUCAACCUGCUCAAAGGCCCCAAAGGACUGGGAUUCAGCAUUGCCGGCGGAAUCGGCAAUCAGCACAUCCCGGGUGACAACAGCAUCUACAUCACCAAGAUCAUUGAAGGGGGAGCCGCCCAAAAAGAUGGACGGCUGCAGACGGGAGAUCGCCUGCUUGCUGUGAACAACAUCGUGCUUCAGGACGUGCGUCACGAAGAGGCGGUGGCCGCACUGAAAAACACGUCUGAUAUGGUUUACCUCAAGGUGGCCAAGCCAGGACCCGUUCACCUUAAUGACAUGUACGCCCCGCCCGACUAUUCCAGCAGCCUGGCCCUCCCUCCAGCCUUCCCCACCAUGGUGGACAACCACGUGAGCCACAACUACAUGGGCGCCAUGGAGCCCAAGCCGCCCUACCCGCCGCCCCAGGUCACCCCGUCCAGGUACUCGCCUGUCCCCCGGCACAUGCUCGGCGAGGAAGACUUCACCAGGGAGCCGAGAAAGGUGUUGCUCCACAAAGGCUCCACUGGGUUGGGCUUCAACAUUGUGGGCGGGGAGGACGGCGAGGGCAUCUUCGUCUCCUUCAUUCUAGCCGGAGGACCGGCUGACCUGAGCGGCGAGCUGAGGAGAGGCGACCGCAUUCUGUCUGUGAAUGGAGUGAAUCUAAGAAACGCAACACACGAGCAGGCGGCGGCCGCUCUGAAGAGAGCUGGACAGACCGUCACCAUCAUUGCGCAGUACAGGCCUGAAGAGUACAGCCGCUUUGAGUCCAAGAUCCACGACCUGAGGGAGCAGAUGAUGAACAGCAGCAUGAGCUCGGGAUCCGGCUCCCUGCGCACCAGCGAGAAACGCUCUCUCUACGUCAGAGCUUUGUUUGACUAUGACCGGACGAGGGAUAGCUGCCUGCCCAGCCAAGGGCUGAGCUUCUCCUACGGCGACAUCCUCCACGUCAUCAACGCGUCCGAUGACGAAUGGUGGCAGGCCAGGCUGGUGACGCCUCACGGGGAGAGCGAGCAGAUUGGAGUCAUUCCCAGCAAGAAAAGAGUGGAGAAGAAGGAGAGGGCCAGGUUAAAAACAGUCAAGUUCCACGCCCGGACAGGCAUGAUUGAGUCCAACAGGCAGCUGGUCAAAGUAAAGCGCAAAAAAAGCUUCAACCUGUCGCGAAGGUUCCCGUUUUACAAGAGCAAGGAGAAUAUUGUGCAGGAGUUGGUGGAGUCUGAACAAUGCCUGACGUCCAACACGAGCGACAGUGAAAGCAGUUCAAAGGGCCAGGAAGACACAAUCCUCUCCUACGAGCCUGUCAUUCGACAAGAAAUACACUACACCAGACCCGUGAUCAUUCUGGGCCCCAUGAAGGACCGCGUCAACGAUGACCUCAUCUCCGAGUUCCCACACAAGUUUGGCUCCUGCGUACCCCACACGACUCGUCCGAGGAGAGAGAACGAGAUGGACGGUCAGGACUACCACUUUGUAGGAUCGCGUGAGCAAAUGGAAAAAGACAUCCAGGACAAUAAGUUCAUCGAGGCGGGACAGUUCAACGAGAACCUCUAUGGGACCAGCAUCCUGUCCGUCAGAACUGUGGCUGAAAGGGGGAAGCACUGCAUCCUGGAUGUGUCGGGCAACGCCAUCAAACGACUGCAGCAAGCACAACUUUACCCUAUCGCCAUCUUUAUUAAACCAAAAUCCAUCGAAGCCCUCAUGGAAAUGAACAAGCGGCAGACGUACGAGCAGGCCAACAAAGUGUUCGACAAGGCCGUCAAGCUGGAGCAAGACUUCGGGGAGUUUUUCACAGCAAUUGUCCAGGGCGACUCGCUAGAGGAAAUCUACAACAAAAUUAAGCUGAUCAUCGAGGAGCAGUCGGGCCCGUACAUCUGGAUCCCUUCCCCAGAGAAGCUCUGAGCUUCCCGUCCGCCAUCACACCUCGCAUCGCUGCAGAGUCCCGGAUGCCCCCCCCCCCCAUACCUAAUUGGCCCCCACCCCCGCCACUCACCUCUUUUUACAGCUAUGUUCCAUAUAAAGUUUAGUGUCAUCAUUCUGUUACUCUCUAAAUGGAAACAAAAGCAAAGUCUUAUCACCAUUAAUUAUUGUGACUGUGCACCCCCUGCAUGAGUUUCUCUACGCCAUCCAUUACAAACUGUAAGGGAAAGCUGUCUUUUGGAGGGGGGGGGGGGUCAUACAAAAAACAAAAUCGCUCCUUUUUGUCAACAAACAGAAGACGGGAAGGAAUGUUUUCAUGAAGAAAGAGAGAGAGAGGAGUUGCAGGGAAACAAGAGACAAAUCACACCGCGUCAGAACACUUUGUAAAUUUUCAUCCAAUCACAUUGAAAAAAGACAACACACAAAGACGAGACCUUUUGGGUUAAUUGUUUUUUGUUUUUGUUUUUUUCUUCUCCCCCAAAAGUGACUGGUUGAACAGAGCCCUACUGACGGUACUGUUGUUUCUAGGGAAUUAUUUAUCUCCACUGGAAGAAUCCCUACAUUUAUAUUAUGACAUCACAAGAUGAAUAAAAUCCUACAGAGAUUUUAUUAUACAUAUAAAUAUAUAAAUAAAUAUAUGAAUAUAUAUAUAUAUAUAUAUUGAGCGAGAGCGCGUGUGAAAGAAAAACAAGUUUUACACUUCACUAGAAUGGUCCAUUUAGAGGGCUUCUUAGAUUCUUUUACUUUAGCUUGUGAUUUUUUUUUUGUAAGAGCUACUCUUGUGUCAAGGUGGGCUGCGGGGGGGGGUGGGGGGUAGAGAUGUGUAAGUGGGCUCUGCAAAACACCAAUCUGCCUUACAUCCAAUACAGACUGACCGACGUUGUCCUCCUUUGAGUGCAAUAGCGCCCCCACACCACAACCGCUAUUACUACAACAAUCAAUUCAAUAAUUAGAAUUUACUGGACCCUGACAACCUAUAUCUCUCCACCCCCCCCAACUAAAGAGUGUGAAGCUGCAGACCACCCCCUUACACUCUCUGCCUUCCAAAGGAGUUUUUUUUGUUUUGUUUUUCUGGUUUACUGGUCACACGGUACUGUCCUAUCUGCUGCCAUGGCGGCAGCCUUAUAACGGGUAGAACAAGACAACAAUUGUAUUGGAUGUCAUGCCCAUUAAAAAAAAUAAUGUUUUGGAUUGUCCAAAAAAUACAACACUAAAGUUGAGCCUAAUUAAAAGCUUUGUGUUAUCUA